AUGUCAGCGGCUAGUGUGAGGUCUCUGUUUGGGCCCUUUGUUGAACUUGUGAAGUCAUGGAACCUUCCGGGCUGGCUUGUGCAUUGGGGUCACCCUGGUAACAUGGCUGUUGUGCUCUUUGCCAUGGGUGGUUAUGGAACCUAUUUAGGUUUUCGAAUUCGUUUUUCUGAUGAUGUGGAGGAAAAAGCAAAAGCUAAAGACUUGCACCCAAAACUCCUUGGAGGAAUGUUUUUCUUCUUUGCUCUUGGAGCAACUGGUGGAAUGACAUCUCUCCUUACUUCAGAUAAACCCAUUUUUGAGAGUCCUCAUGCUGUCACAGGUUUCAUUGGCCUUGCUCUUCUGACUGCACAGACUAUAUUACCAUCAUUAUUUGAGGGGAAUCCUGGACUACGGAAUGUUCAUGGGAUUCUCGGCAGUGGGAUCAUGACGUUGUUUCUUGUCCAUGCUGCCCUUGGACUUCAACUUGGUCUCAGUUACUAAUCGCUUAAUCAAUGCCUGGGAGUUCUUCUUUUGAGAAUCAUUUUUGGAUCUGAUGUAUAUUCUUUCUCCAGCUGGGGAAUUUAGCUUCACAGGUGUAAACAUGUACUUUUAUCGGCUGUUUGGAAAGAAAACACUGUUGCUAUUAAGUAAGUUUGCACUUU